AUGGACACGCAGGCAGCGACGCUGCUGAGCACCCUCAAGCGUCCCGCCGCAUCGUCCGACUCGAAACUCGCGCUGCUCAACACGCUCAAGUCCGACAUCAAACACUACCGCGUGCCGGAAAGCGCGCAGGCGACCAUAUUCGAGUGCAUCAAGCUCGCCAUCACCCAACAGGCCUCCUCCAACAUCUCCGCUUCCGCCUUCUCCACCCUGGGACAUCUGGUGAAGCGACUGAAGAUUCAAGAUGCCUCCGGUCAGAGCAUUGUCCAGCUGGCCCCGCGACUGUGGCCCGCGAUCCAUGACCGACUAGGCGAUACCCGAGAAUCGACGAGGGCCGCCGCCUCACAAGCCAUGACCGAUCUAUAUCCCUUCCUGACUACCGAAGUGGAGACGAUGAUACGAGACGAUGCGAUUGCCGGCUCCAACCCACGGGCACGACAGGCGGGGAUACAAUGGGUUCUGAAGAUGCAUCAGGAGGAAGCCAUGCCGUUCAAGAGCUACGUACAAGCCAUUGUGGCUCGGUUGGAGGACUCGGAUGGCACUGUGCGAGAGACUGCGAAGAAUGUGCUCAUCGAGCUCUUCCGCGAUGCGCCAGAACGAGCAAAGGCGGAUUUGAAGAAGCAGCUCAAAGUCUUUUCCGUCAGACUCUCCAUCGAGAGCCAGAUUCUCGCUCAGAUCACUUCGCCCGCGUCUUUGUCCACCUCCCAGAACCAACCGGCCCUUGCGCUCGAACACAAAGUCGACAUGCUUGCUUCAAUGCCGAAUCUGGCCGCGAGUAUUAACAGCGAAGCGGCACAACCGCCUCCUCAAGAAGUCGUCAAGAUGGACCCCAUUUACGUGCAGUCGCGCUCGGAGCUGGAUGAGAUCUUCCGAGACAUGCCACCUCAUUUCGAAGGAAAGGAGACCGAGCAGAACUGGACGCCCCGAGACAAGUCCAUCUUGAAGCUGCGACGCUUGACAAAGGGCAAUGCGCCGAGUGAGUACCAUCAGGCGUUCAUGGCGGGCAUCAAGAGUGUGAUGGAUGGCAUUCUGAAGGUCGCAAACUCUCUGCGCACUACCAUGUCGACGAACGGCUGCCAGCUGGUGCAAGAACUUGCGCGCACCCUCGGCCCCGCGAUGGACCCCCACGUCGAGGUCUUGCUUCAAAGUUUCAUCAAAAUGAGCGCCGUGACCAAGCACAUCGCCGCGGAGGCCGGCAAGAUGACGUGCGAUGCAAUUUUUCAGAACUGCUCUUACAAGCAUGCCAUGAUGCAGCACAUCUGGUAUGCGGCGCAGGACAAGAAUGCUCAGACGCGCAUGUGCGCUCCAGAAUGGCUCAAGACGAUCUUGCGGCGGCAGUCGAGUUACAAACAACAUUUCGACGGCUCCGGCGGGCUGGAGCUGGCGGAGAAGUGCAUCAAGAAAGGACUCGAGGACCCGAAGCCGGAAGUCAAAGAGAGCAUGCGGGCGGCGUACUGGACUUUUGCAAAAGGCUGGCCGGAUAAAGCAAGCGCCAUUAUGUCAACUCUCGACCCGAAAUCCAAGACGGCUUUGGAGCGUGACUCGAACAACCCCCACGCUGCGCUGCACGCUUCUCAGUCCAGCAACUCCGGAGCUGGCGCCAGGGCAACAGGGGCGGCGAGUCGCAACGCCUUGAGAGAGAUGAUGGCGGAGCAACGAAAGGCAAAAGCGGCUGGCUUACUACCUGACCGACCCAGCUCUGCCAUGGCGCAGCUCUCCCCAGCCCGUCCGAGAGUCCCAAGCAACCUACACAACGGAGCACGCGUACCGUCAAACCUUCACUCUUCAUCCCGACCGGAGGCGAGAGUUGUAUCGUCCACAUCCACCGCAACAGCAACGCCCGGCUCUGCAGCAGCGAAGAAGGGUGCAUCACUCAUGUCUGGACCAGUGAGACGGCCGCGACGCCCCGAAAUCGCAAGACCACAAACCGCAGAUCCGUAUGCCUCGAAGCGACCGCUACGACCAGAGACACCGGCCGAAAGUACACCGGGGAAUAGUCCGCCCAAAGGCACCGGCACCAUCGCUCCAGGCCACGCCGCAAGCCCGUCUGCCAGUCCUGCUAAGCGCAGCUCACGGCCGAGUUUCGCUAUGUCUAUGGAUAGUGGGAUUCCGCACAUGGCGGAGGAGGAAGGGUUCACCAUGGUAUUGCCCAACCUACCGAGUCAUCCCCUGCCGACGCGCAACCGAUCGCCGCUGGCGUACCGCAGUCCUCUCAAGGCAAUGUUCGAAGAGGCGCGAGAGAUGGUGGAAAGCUUCGAGCCGAGAGCGGAACGAUCAGUCGAGCCAGAAGAGCGCGCUGCCCCUCCUCGAAGCAUCAGCCCCAUCAAGCUGGCGCCCAUGGAGGACGUGCAGAUCUACGAGGAUCCAUUCGUAGCGAAUGACGGCGAGGCGCCGACGGAUGGCGAGCGCAAAGUGCUUGGUGAGCUACCCGUCAACGAAAACGUGCGAUUGCAGAGUCCAACGCAAAGCCCAGCUUCCGGGGACGGCCAGGGCAGUCCUCGCAACCUCGCCGACGUACGCUCACCUUUGAUCGCCACUGCGCAGGAUCGCGCGGAAGUGCAGCGCAACAGACGACUACUAGGCGCGGGCAUCGAUCGCAUCCGAGCUAAGACUUUGGACGCGCAUGGCUUCCGCAGAGUGCAGGAUGUGGCGAAGAGCGAGCUCGACAUUUGGGAGGGAGGGAAGAAAUAUACCGAGUUGAUGGGGGCGCUGGUGGAGUACUUGCAGACGUUCGACGAGGAGCCGCGGUUCGCGCAGCUGGCGCCGUCCAAGACCGCGGGGCUGAAGGUGCAAGCGCUGGGGUUGACGAGGACUUUACUGCAGCUGCACAAGAAGCAGGCAUUUGCAUGGCACGCGCAGGUGCUGGUCGGCGUGCUGGCGUGUCGACGAGGCGUGGAUGGCAGCGGUCACGUCGUGGCGGAGAUUGAGAAGACGGCGGCCGACAUCGUUGCACAGGCCGAGUCCUCGGCAGCGGCUUGCAUCGACGCCAUUGUGCAAUACCUCCCCUCCGUCCGGCGCGACAAGAGCGCCUCCCGCUCAACAGCAAUGGCUCUCACUCUACUCCGCCAACUCCUCAGCUCGGCGAAGACGCAGAGCGCAGAUCUCGGCCCGGAGCGCAAGAUCCGCCUCGUGCAGACCACCGCCAAGUUCCUGGAUGACCGUGAGGCGGAAGUGCGCAAGGCGGACGUCGAGCUGGCGAGCGAGUUGUUUGAGUUGUUUGGCUCGAGCAAGGCGGAGUUUUGGAAUGAGUUCAAGGGGACGGAUGAAGGGCGACUGGGCCUUUUGACGUACUACAUUGCGCGGAGGGGCAGGGCUGCGGCGUAG